GUAUUAACUGAACAAAGAUGGCGACCGGCGAGGUUUCAGUUAGUGUCGAGUCAAUUAUUGAACAACAAAUCCAAGAAGUUUCACUUGAUGGGCAGGAAUUAUGUCUACCGCCACUUUCUAUGUCAGAAAACCUAACCAAGCUUGCACACAAGAUCGAUUUUUACCGAGAUGAAAGUGAAGAAAAGGGCAAACCAACAUCGGAAGGGGAGAAGGAAACAGACGAGAAAGUGUUAGCGCCAUUCCAACCUUCGCUGUGGCCGUGGGAUUCCGUGAGGAAUAAGCUGAAGAUUGCAUUAACUGAGAUAAGUGUUCUUAAUGAUGUUGUUAAUAUUGCAAAAGAAAGACGUUACAUGAUUCUUGAUCACGUAGUUGGUGAGUCUAACGAGUCUCGUGUGGCAGUUCAGCUCCUGGCAAAAAAGCGGAGUUUGGUAUCGGCUGCAGCUGUUUUGGUGGAGGGAACGGAACGUCUGAAAAAAUCACAACAAGAAACAAGUGCGAGGACUCAGUCUGACUUUCACAUAGAACUCUUAAAACUUAGACAUAAUUGGAGACUAAAAAAAGUUGGAAAUACCAUUCUUGGAGAUUUCAGUUAUAAAUCUGUUGGUUCCAGGUAUUGGCAGAGUGGAACGUUCGAGGUUGUUAAAAGUACGAAAGAGAUGGACAACAUUGAUUCUAUUUCUGGCACACCGAAAAGUUGCCUUGAAGUAAUCAUUCCAAGUGAGUUAGAAGGUGUUGCUUACGUAAAAAUUGAAGUGAAGACUUUCCCGGAAUUAUCAGACCUGACAAGUGUAGCUCUGAAAAUGCCAAGUGGAUUAUGUCCCGUUCCUUCAGACACAUAUUGGCAUCAGAAAUUGGAAGUUGCUCAAAAUGUUUUGUUUUGCAAAGAACUAUUUUCACAACUGGCUCGAGAAGCAGUACAGUUGAAAUCUCAGGUACCACAUAUGGUUGUUGGUAACCAAAUCAUUACAAAUAUAUUCCCCGGAGUCCAGCUCUCAAUUGUAUUGUGCCAUUACAACGACAAGGAUAAACGUGUUACUUCUCUCAAAGUCGAUCAUAACCAUGUUCUUGAACAUUCUCUUCAUCAGCUUCUCCGAGAAGCUCAUUAUAAAACUAUCAAUCAUCCACCGCCACAUCCAGUCACUGUCACAUUGGGUCUGAGCAAAAGGCGGCGACUUGCUGGGCCCCAUGGUUACAGUCGCCAAGAUCUUACAGAAAUGACGGAGAAUGAAACACUACUGGAACAAAUAAUACAACAGACAAAGCAUGCUGUACUUCGUAAACGUGUGAUGGAAACAGUCGACAGGAUGGCCAUCCACGUACCUGAUCCUCAGAUUUCUACCCACUGGAGCUGUUUAAACAGCAGUCUUGAAUCCAGUGUUAAAAUUAAUAUUACUUCUCUUGGAUAUGAGAUUAACAGGACAUCAUUGGUGUUAGAGAUUGGCACCGACACUAUAAAAGCAAUCAGUAGAGAUGGAAGAGUCAGCAUAUUGUCAUUUGAACCUAAAGAAUUGGAAGAUCUGCUCAUGUGGCAGAUUGCUUUCCACCAUUUAGCCAUAAUUGUAUUCUUGAGUAAAUUAAUGGGGUGGCAAAUUUUAUCAAGUAGUAACUGUGUUGGAGUUGGACAGAUGGAGCCUUUAGGUACUGCCUCUUCUAUUACGUUGGGGUCACCUAAAGGGGACAAACUGGUGUGCAUUCGGAGUGGGGCUGCCACAGGUCAGCAUGUAUAUAUUCAAUCUUUACCUCAUUCUUAUGACAGUUCAGUUGUUACAGAUCCAAAGUGGAAAAACCUGGAAGGUUCCUUUCAGGAAGUUAACCUUGAUAAGCUAGUCGGUCGGAGUUUUAUAAUCAAAAUUGAAUUUUUAAUGGCUACGUUAAUGUCAUAAAGCAUAUCAACUAAAGACCUCUGGAUAUCUUUCUGCAGUGACUGACUAAUGUGUCAAACCAUGUUCCCAUUUUUGAGAUGAUGGCACUAAUAUGAAGGAUAUUAUAUCAUAUCAGAUAUUCUUAAUAUUGUAUUUCCAUACAUUGAUUAGGAUUAAAUAUAUCUCUAUUGUCACAUAGUAGCCAUCCAUGCCAAUCAGUCCAAAGUCCAUGAAUGCUGCUGUUUGUGCUGAUCUGGAUUUACUGGUGUGAAAAUCAUGAUAUUGUAAAUAUAUCCUUUUGAAAUUGCUCACAAAGGACAAAGAUAUAUAGACGUGUGCGUAUGUAUAUAUAUAUAUAUGUGUAUGUAUAUACAUAUUUAUGUAUACAUAUAUGUAUGUAAACACAUAUAUAUAUAUAGGUAUGUAUACAUUCAUAUAUGUAUACAUAUAUAUGUAUGUAUGUGUAUAUAUAUAUAUAUAUAUAAUGUUUAUGUUUAACUCGAUAUAUUCCAUGAUCAUUAUACAUAUUUAAUAAUAUCAAUAUAGUUUCUACUAUAUUGGUAUUUUCUAGAGAAAGUUAGGGGUGUUUUAUGUUGUUGGUUUUAUUUCCCUAUUUUUUUUUUAAACUCACCAUAAAGAAAUUCAUAAUUUCUGUAACUUUGAACUACAAAUUCCUUCCGGAAUCAUCACAUGCUGGUAAUUAAUAAGUGCUGCAAAAAUGGUAAUCUAGAAGACUGGAUGAAAGUGUCAAUGGAAGCAAUAAACCAGUGCAUUUGGUGUAA